AUGCCUACGCCCGGCUAUGUCUUCCGUGAUGGAGGUACCACCCCGCCUGCAGAAGAAAACCCAAAUUCAGAGUUUCGGAAAAGAAUCACCCAGGCCACCAAACCCGUGACUGCUACAUCGAAAGCGCCCCUGGGUCAGAACACCUCGACUUCUCAUCAGCUGGCAACUGGCGACCAUGAUAUCCUGGGCGCUGCCCAAAGGGCCGGUAAGGACGAUCGAAUAACAAAUCUUGGAUGGCAAGCCAAUGCUGUCGGUGUAGAUACCUUGGUGGGCGGCCUGCCGAAUGAUGAAUUGUGGACGUUGAUCAGGAGGUUCAAUAAGCAAAUGUAUCAUGUGAAGCAGAUACCGGUGGCUCCUCCUGGCGGAUUGGAUCUCAAUAUCGCCGACGAGGAUGACUUUUCCCCGGAUAAACUUCGCUCUAACAUGGAACGACUUUACAUGACCGUAGUCGUUGGACUAAUCGGUGCUGCGAAGCAUAUUGCGAGGCUGAGAUCCUGGCGUGAGCCUGGCCGUUCAGCUGGAUUUGCAGCAACCUACUUCCUUGCUUGGAUAUUCAACAUGAUCAUGCCAACAUUGUUUAUCACCAUUAUUGUACUCAUCACCGUGCCCAAGUCUCGUGGCAUUCUCUUCCCAUCUGCCCCUCUUGCUCUGGUCAGUCACAAGACUGGAGGAAUUCAGAAACCCAAAGCUGGAGUACUUGGUAGCCACGACAGUGUCACAGGAGCCCCAGAAAAGUACAAGGGUGAAGCUGUGGAACAGGAGGCUAGCAAUCUCGUUUCUGGUAUUGCUUCAGUUGCCAUUUCCAGUGCCGCGGGUCGUCAUGACCAAGCAGCACCUGACGAGGAAGGUGGCAGUAAGACCUUGGACAAAGGAGUCCCCGAUCCGACAAAGCUUGCUACGAGCGCUGCUGAUGCAUCAUCUUCCGCCCAAGGUGGAGAAGGGAGCCAUGACAAGACCAAGCAACCCAUGGAGGAAGCCCUAUGGAAACAAAUGCGCCCAACCAUGCACAUCAUUGGGGACAUCGCUGAUGGCUGGGAACGAUUCGCCAAUGCCCUUUCGCCAACACCACCAUUCUCUGAUCACAAAAGACUACAACUCGGUGCCAUAUUUGCCCCACUGCUGUUGAUCUCCCUCAUUACCAAGCCACAAUGGGUCAUGAAGGGUUCGACACUCCUUGGUGGUAUUGCGUUCUUUACCGACCCUCUGAUGCAGAGAGGAAUUGCAUUGUUGAAUGAGAAGAUCCCCGACUGGCCCAAAUAUCUCGAAAUCCGCAACACACUAUUGAAGGGUGUCCCAACUAAUGCGCAACUUACUGUUACAUUACUAAGAAUCGGAGAAGCUAACCGGGCACCACUCCCACCACCUCCGCAAUCUCAUCAGCCACCACUCGAUGAGCCAGCCGAAUUGGACAAAGAUUCUGUCACCGGUAAUGGAUUAGAUGCGACACAUUCGGAAAUUGACGAAGUAAUAACGGCUGACGAGCCGACAGUUGGUGAAGUAGCACAGCAGGAAGAAGGUACACCUAAGAAGAAGAGUGGUGUCGGGGCUAAAAUCAUAUCUGCAUUGAAGCACACCACUGCAGGUGGUGUAGAAACCAAGUUGGCAGCUGAUUCGGCCAAGGCAACAUUAGGUUCACACCACGCAAAGGAGAAGUUGGGCAUCCUACCCUCGAAACAAGAGCAGAGAGAAAAGCCAGUGGAAGGACCUGUCGAAUUCAAAGCACGAUACAACGGACGUAAAGGUGCCGUCUAUGUGGACAGUUCCGUCUCUCCACCCAGCGGCAACAGACCUGCCUCGCCAUGCGUCUACUUCACGCGUCAUCUGGACAACAAUGAGAUCGUUGAGAGCAUGCCAUCGGACCCUGAAUGGGCCGUCGCCAUCGCAGAUAUUGUGGAAGCCAAGAAAAUCGGCGGUCUGGGCUGGAAGGGCAAGAUUGUCGUGGGUUGGUCUACCAGUCGAGAGGUCAAAGAUGGGUUGGAGUUGGUCACUAGGGAUGGAAGGGUGUUGCGUGCGAUGGCUAUCAAGGAGCGUGAUGAGCUCUUCAAUCGUAUUAUCGCCAUGGGUCAACAGGUCUGGGAGAGCUAUUGA